AUGAUAAGCUGUGAACCAAUUCAAUCUUGUAAAAUUCCUUUAAAAUCUUGUCAAGGUUCAAUUAUUGAACACAAUCUAGUUACAAUACGAUUAAGUGUCGAAUGGCCUGAUAAAGGUGGUGACGAUCCUAAUCUUGUAAUGUAUAUUACAAAUAAAAUACCAUCAACAACAUGUAUUCAACAAAAUCAAUCAUUAGUACCUAUAUAUAGUAAUUCCAUUAAUCAUAAUCAUCAUAAUCAUCGUAAUCAUAAUUAUCAACGACAAGAAACUUUUGAUCCAAUAUAUCAACAACAAUAUUAUCAUCAACAUCAUUCAUCACCAAUAAAUUAUCAUAAUUCAUCAAAUUCAACAAUAAUACCUACUGGUGAUCAAAAUGAUGUUUCAUCAACUACAACAACAGAAGUAUAUAAUGGUAUACAAUCACAAACAUUAACAUCUCCUACAAUAAUUCAAUCAAUUGGAAAUCAAUCACAAUCUCAAUUAAUACCUAAUUGUCGAUAUCAAAAUACAACAAAUCAACAAUAUUCAACACAUCAACAUGUUAUGCAUAUACCAACAUCUAAUAUGAAUGAUUCUCAAUUAAAUAUGCAAAUGACAAAUCUAAGUUCAUUAUCAUCAAUGAAGCAAUUGUCUUCAGUGACAACACAUGUUGAUCUACAGCAAACAUCAACUAUGGCUUGUUCACCAUCAAUGUUAACAAAUCCAAAUACAAAACGUAUAAUUUGUCUUUGUCCAAAUCCACCUAAAGGUCAUGAUCAUAAUUGUCCUGUUCCUAAUCUACACAAACAAUCACCAACUACAAUUUUAACAAAUGAAACUAUAUAUCGAACAUUUAAUGAUCAAACGAUGCCUCAUCGACCUAUUUUUCCAUCACAGAUACAUUCAAAUGAUAUUAUUCCAACAUUCUCUACGCAAGAACAAAUAAAAAUAACAUCAAUACCAUUUUCAAAUUCGGAUCUUAUGAAAACAAAUGGUUCAUCAUCAAAUGUACCAACAAUUAUUUCUCAACAAUCACCAUUAUCAACAAUAUCAAUGCCUUCAUUGAAUACUGAUAAUAAUUUUCAACAACAAACAUCAAAUUUUUCUCAAGUUAUUAUUAAUAAUCCAUCAAGCUAUCAAACGACUCCAUCAAUAUCAAUGCCUAUUGAAGGACGACAAAAUAUUAGUCCAAUUAAUUCACUUCAACAAAAACAACAUCCUAUAACAAAAAAUAGUUUAAUAAAUCGAGAUCAAUUAUCACUUCAAAUUGAUUUACAUCAACAAAUUCAAAAUACAAAUAAUUUAAAUUCUUCAUCAACACAACAAAAUAAUAUUCGUAGAAUUUUAUCAACUACUCCUGAAAAACAACAGGAGAUAUUUAUUUUUCCAGAUAAUUCAAAAAGUACUACAACUGUACCAUCAGAUAAUACUUUACAUGAUUCAACGAAUGAUAUAAAUAGAAAUAUUGAACAACACGAAGAACAAGAUACAUAUUCUGUGCAAUCAAUGAUAAGAUCACCGGUGAAACUUGAUAUUUCUAUGUCACAAAAUUUAAUGAGAACAAGAAUUGGUUCGCCAGAAAUCGAUCAAACUAUAUCGGAUGUUAUUAAUGGCAAAGGAAAAAUUUGCAUUGAUAAUAAAUCAACAUCAACUAAUAUAAGACAACAACAACAACAAAAAAAACAACCAUUAUCAGCUCAACUUGUUUGGGAACAUAAUGGACCAGUAACAACAAAACCAUUGCUAUCACUAGUACAUCAAGAACAGCAACAACAACAACAACAACAACAACAACCAACUUGCGAUUCAAAUGUAUCGACAUUAAAUCGUCCAACUGUUUUAAGUAUUACACUACCACACAAUCAUUCACCUUCGACAGGACAAAAUAAUAAGAAUACAUUAUUACAAAAAGAACAACCACGAAAACCAACAAUAGAGAAUAGUAAAAAAAGAAAUCGAUCAAAAUCGACGAGCACUAUAAAAUCAAAACGUACGAGUGUAUCUACUGUUAAUAUGAUUCCCCUGGCAGAAAAACCAUUAUCAUCUCCUCAAGAUAUAUCUCAAACAAAACCAGCAACACCACCUGUUACGUCGCAGUCAAACUUAGUUAAUACACUAAUUUCAUGGGCAAAUGCAUCCACAUCAUCAUCAUCAUCAUCGUCAUCAUCAUCGUCAUCGUCAUCAUCGUCAUCAUCACCAGGAUGUGUAACAACAACGAUUGCAUCUAUUGAAAAUUUAAAUCAGAAUUCAAUAGAUAAUUCAUGGGAAACGUUUCAUAUGCAUCAUAAUCAUCCUCUACUUGAUUGUUAUGGUUCUAAUAAUGAACAGCAACAAAUAGUCUAUGCAAAAAAUCCUGAUGAAUUUGAGUUCAAUGAUGAAUAUCUAGCACAAGUACAUGAACAUUUUAAUUCAUCAACACCGCCACCUUUAACAUCAGUAUCAACAUCGAUUAUUAGUGAAAUAUUAACUCCAACAUCAAUAGAUAAAUCAUCAAGUAUGUCAGCAGCAUCUAUACUUAAUUCCGAUGAUGUUUAUGAAAAUUUUUUUCAAACAUAUACAUCAUCUUGUCUAUCAACACCACAAGAAAAUCAAGUAACAUCAUCAGUAUUAACACCACCUGAUCAUCAAAAUAAUCAAUUAUCAUAUCAACAAUAUUAUUCACAAACUGAUGAAUAUUUUGAUUCAAAUCUACAAUCACAAAUACAAAUACCAAAAGCCAUAGAAACGAAGUCAAAUACAAUCAAUCAAAUGAAUAAUAAUAAUAAUAAUGAUAGUGAAAUAUCCAAUAAGCAACAACAACAACCACAACAACAACAAACACAAAAACCAUUGAAAAAACCUAAUCAUCAAUCAAAUUCUAUUAAUAAUAAAUCUUCCAAAUCUUCAUUGAAAAUUUCUAAACAACAAAAUCGACCAAAUCCAAUUCAAAAACAAACAUCAACAAAACCUACGUGUACACGUUGUGGUUUUACACAAUUAAUGGAUAUAACACAUCAUGAAUUUCCAAAACAACAAGGUCUUGUAUUUGAAUGUUUAUCAUGUGGAAAUAGUUCUAUACGAUCUAAUGUAUCUGCUGAUGAACGACAACGACGUUUAGCUAAAGUUGCUGCUGAUCAUUUAAAUAAAGUUGAAUGUCAAUUUUGUCAUCGAAUGUUUCAUUCACAUAAUGAUUAUUUAAUGCAUUUGAGAAACGAUCAUGCAUCAAAUAAACCUAUGUGA